ACCGGGCUGCUUCCCUGUCAUACAAGGAGAAGAGCCCUCAGCAGCUGCCGCGCACCUUUUCUCAGAUUUAAUCUAUCUGUGAGUCAUGGUGCAUUUGAGUAAGGGGGACUUUGUAUGGGUAGACCCAGGUGUUGGAGUCCCCAUUGGGGCAGAAGUUCAGCUCACAGACACGGGCCAGCUUCAACUUUUAGAUGAUGAAGGAAAGGUGCACAAGGUGGACAAGAAGAAUGAGGGGAAGAUCCGGCAAAUGCACCCAUCCUCGGUGACGGGUGUGGACGACAUGAUCAUGCUGGGUGAUCUGAACGAAGAGGGGCUGCUCAGAAACCUGCUGGUGCGACACAAAGAGGGCAAAAUCUAUACAUACACAGGCUCCAUUCUGGUCGCAGUCAACCCCUACCAGCUGCUGCCCAUCUACACCACAGACCACGUGCACAUGUACACAGAUCAACGGCUGGGCGAACUGCCACCGCAUGUCUUCGCCAUUGCAGACUCGUGCUUUUUCAACAUGCGCCGCAAUCGCAAGAACCAGUGCUGUGUCAUCAGCGGAGAGUCCGGAGCUGGGAAAACUGAGAGCACCAAGCUGAUGCUGCAGUACCUGGCUGCAGUCAGCGGUCAGCACUCCUGGAUUGAGCAGCAGAUCCUCGAGGCAAACCCCAUCCUGGAAGCCUUUGGUAAUGCCAAAACCAUACGUAACGACAACUCCAGUCGGUUCGGAAAGUAUAUUGAUGUCAACUUCAACAAGAGCGGGGCCAUUGAAGGGGCCCGCAUUGAGCAGUAUCUGCUGGAGAAGUCCAGAGUCAUACGCCAGGCGCCUGAGGAAAGAAACUACCACAUCUUUUACUACAUGCUGAUGGGCAUGUCAGCAGACCAGAAGAAGAUUCUUUCUCUUGGCACAGCAGCUGAUUACAAGUAUCUGACCAUGGGAAACUGCACAAGCUGUGAAGGGCGAGACGACGUAAAGGAGUUUGCUCACUUCCGCUCAGCUCUGAAGAUCCUCACCUUCUCAGAGGCAGAUUCCUGGGAGAUUUUUAAACUGCUCGCCGCCAUCCUUCACCUGGGCAACGUGGAGUUUGAGAGCACCAUCGUCAGUAACAUGGAAGGCUGUGAACUCUGCAAAUGUUCCCAUUUCAACAUGGCCAGCCAAUUGUUGGAGGUGGAUCCCAAAGCCCUGGAGACCAGUCUGACCCAGCGCUCCGUCUCCACCAUUAAAGAGACUGUCUCCAAGUUUUUAACGAGAGCUCAGGCAGUGGAUGGCAGGGAUGCUUUCGUCAAAGCUCUUUAUGGAAAACUCUUCAUUUGGGUGGUCAACAAAAUCAACUCUGCUGUGUACAAGACCGCCGAGGAGGACAAAGAUCUCCAACAGUCAAUUGGUCUUCUUGACAUCUUUGGGUUUGAGAACUUCACUAAGAACAGCUUUGAGCAGCUGUGCAUCAACUUUGCCAAUGAGCAGCUUCAGCAGUUCUUUGUCAAGCAUGUUUUCAAGCUUGAGCAGGAUGAGUACAGUCGAGAGAACAUUGUUUGGAAGCACAUUGAAUACCAAGACAACCAGAAAACCCUUGACGUUUUGGCAAGCAAAACCAUGAACAUGCUGGCUCUUAUUGAUGAGGAGAGCAACUUCCCUAAGGGCACAGACACCACCUUGCUCCAAAAGAUGAAUCAGUUUCAUGAGAAAGGAAAUGUCUACAUUCGCCCAAAGAACGUCCAUGAAACAGUUUUUGGAAUCCGGCAUUUUGCAGGAGAGGUUUACUACGACUCACAAGGCUUCCUUGAGAAAAACCGUGAUGCCUUCAGUUCCGAUAUGAUCCAGGUCGUGGAGGCUUCCACCAACAAACUCCUCAGGCAGACCUUUCAGAAUGAGCUGUCCUCCAGCUCCAAAACUAUCAAGAGCAGCAGCAAUCCCAGGAUGGUAAUCACCAUGAGUAAGAGCUCCACCAAUAAAACUCCUGAGAAGAAGCGGGUGCCAACUUUGAUUGGUCAAUUCCGUCAGUCUCUGGACUCCUUGAUGAAAACGCUGUCAGCCUGUCAGCCAUAUUUCAUUCGCUGCAUCAAACCCAAUGACUUUAAGAGGCCCAUGCUGUUUGACAGAGACCUGUGCAUGCGUCAGCUGCGUUACUCUGGUAUGAUGGAGACCAUCAAGAUCCGAAAAGCUGGAUAUCCUGUUCGUUACACCUUCAAAGAGUUUCUAGACCGCUACCGGGUUCUCCUCAAGACCUCAAUCUGCAACCCUGCAACUGAAAGCGAAGAAAAGUGCUGUGAGACCAUUUGUAAGAGUGUGCUCAAAGAGGACAAAGACUGGAAGACAGGCAAGACAAAGAUAUUUCUGAAGGACAUCCAUGAUACAAAGCUGGAAGUGGAGCGAAUGAUAGAGCUGAACACCAAAGCCCUUUUGAUCCAGAGGGUCCUGAGGGGCUACAAAUACAGGAGAGAGUUUUUGAAGAAAAGGUCAGCUGCAAUUGUCCUUCAGAAAAACUGGAGAGGGCACAAAGGCAGGAAGCUGUUUAAAAUGGUGCAGCUUGGCUUUGCGAGGCUACAGGCUCAGGUCCGCUCUCGUCACCUACACCUCCAGUAUAAGAGAAAGCGUCAGGCUGCUCUGGUGCUGCAGACCCACAUCAGAGGAUAUCAGGCCAGGAAGGAAUGGCAGCGCAAGAGGAAUGCAGUGAUCGUGCUGCAGACGCACACCAGGGGCGUGCUGGCACGAAGAGCCCUCCAAAAAAUGAAGAGAGACAUGUACCUCUCUGCUAAAGAGAAAGAAGCAGAGCAGCGGGCUCUGCUGGAGAAACAGAAACACUUAGAAGAAAUCUUGUGGAGGAGGCAGCAGAUGGAGGCCCAGAAGCAGUCUGAAUCCAUGUCGGCUAUGGAGUUGGUGGACGACAUGUUCGGCUUCCUGCCCGACUCUGUUGGAGGGCAGGAAGGUCAGGCACCUGUGGGAUUCGAGAAUAUUGAAGGGAAACGGACCAUCAUUGAAGAGAUUGAUAUCGAUGAACUGCCCAUUGAGGAAAAUCUUCCCCAAGAGGACUAUGAUGACCUCGAUGAGUUUACCUUUUCCAAGUUUGCCUCCAUGUACUUCCAGGGUGGAGUCACCUCCACCUACAUUCGCCAGCGGCUUCGAAAGCCCCUGCUCUUUCACGAGGACGAGGAAGAUGUUCAGGCUUCGUUGACAGUGUGGUGGAUCAUUCUGAGGUUCAUGGGUGAUCUCCCAGAGCCAAAGAAACAGACCAGAGUUCAACUGAACUCCCCACAGGAGCGAUUCAUGCCACAGGACUUGGUCGCCAGGAAAGACAGACGUCUGAGCCACAUGGUGGGCCUGGAUCAGAGGAUGCUAAGGAAUAAAAAAGAGAACACACCCUCGAUAACUGCGGAGGACCCAGCACAGAAGAGAAAGGCCUCGGUUUUUACAGACCUCCUGACAAAAAACAGGAAGGUGCCCAAUGAGAAUCUUCAGAACUCUAAGGUGUACACUGUUCCUGAAGGAAACCCUCGAGCAAGGAAAGGGUCUACCUUCACUGACCUCCUAUCCAGAAACAAAAAAACACCAGUUAUUCCGGAUAACGCAAGUUCAAAGUCCAAUUCGAGUUUCAGGAAGCAGUCCGUCAUCAUGGAAGAGUCCGAGGAUCAGACAGAUGUGGUAAAACCCACCCCUCUAAAUACUCUGAAAGAGGACAUUGAUCCGGACGAACCUACCCUGGACCGACCACUGACAUCUUUGGAGAAGCUGCACAUCAUCGUUGGUUAUGGCAUCGUCAGACAGGAUCUCAGGGAUGAGAUUUUCUGUCAGAUCUGCAAGCAGCUUCAGGAUAACAGCAACACCAACAGCUGCUUGCGUGGCUGGAUUCUGCUGUCCCUCUGCCUGGGAGUGUUUCCUCCCAGUGAUCGCUUCACGCGGUAUCUUCAAAGCUUCAUCCGUGGCGCCCCACGAGACUUUGCCUCAUAUUGUGCUGAGAGGCUGCGGCGCACCAGGAUGAACGGAGCAAGGGGGGAGCCUCCGGCCUGGCUGGAGCUGCAGGCCACCAAAACGAGGAAGCCCAUGAUUGUUUCUGUGAGGCUGAUGAACGGCGUCUCCAUCAACGUCCCUGUGGAUUCAGCCACCACAUCCAAAGAGAUCUGCCAGAUGGUCUGCAACAAGAUCAAACUCACAGACUCCUUUGGCUUUUCCCUCUAUGUUGCCAUGUAUGAAAAGGUGUGGGCUCUGGGUAGUGCCCGGGAUCACGUGAUGGAUGCCAUCUCCCAGUGUGAGCAGGAGGUGAAGAGAAAGGGGGGUCAGGAGAGGCACGCGCCGUGGCGCCUUGUCAUCCGCAAAGAGAUCUUCACCCCGUGGCACGAUUGCAAAAAGGACAAGGUCAGCACAGAUCUGAUCUACAAACAGAUCAUCCAAGGCCUGAAGUUUGGAGAGUACCAGAGUAAAAAGGAGGAUGAUAUCGUGGAGCUCACAGCAAAGCAUUUGUACAUCCAGCACGGUCGUGACAGCCGUCCCGACUAUGUGAAGGAAGCUGUGCAGGAGUGCGUCAGCAACUCCCUGCUGGAGGCCAAAUCUGAGGCCAAAUGGGUUCAGAUGGUCAGCACCGCUCACUCUCAGGGUCAGUUUGUGAGUUCAAGAAAAACAGAGGACGCUGUGAAGGCGGAGAUCGUCGACUUUGCCAGGGAGGAGUGGCCCAUCUUUUUCUCCAGGUUCUUUGAGGUCACCAAGGUGUCAGGUCCUCCUUUGCAAAAAAGCAAGUUCAUAGUGGCCAUAAACUGGACUGGAAUCACAUUCCUGGAUGAGAGGGAGAAGAGGCUGCUGGAGCUGUCCUUUCCAGAAGUCACUGGAGUCAACAGCAGCAGGGCUGAUCAAGCAGCUGGGCAGGCUGUGUGUCUGCUGACAUUGAAAGGGGACUUUACGCUGAGCGGGUCCAAAGCUGAGGACAUGGGCGAGCUGAUUACCAUGUUCCUCGGUGGUCUGACUGAGCGAUCCCAGUAUGCUGUGGCACUGAAGGAUGCAAGUGGCCAAGAUGACCCUACCCUCCUCAACUUCAAGAAAGGGGACCUCAUUAUCAUUAUUAAGGACAAUGAGCUCCUUGAGGGGCGCGGCUGGGUAAAGGGUGAAAAUGACAGCACCAGAAAGAGAGGAGCUGUCCCUGUUGAGGCUAUCCUAAUACUGCCAACGCUGACCAAACCCACCAAUGAGGUCAUGAGUCUCAUCAAUCUCCCGCCAAACCAGAGGAAGAACUUGAUCCAGACCAACCAGAAGGAAACAGGGUCAGUGGGUCGGGCGCCUCUGGCCACACUGAAGGAAUUCUCUGUGCAAUAUUUCAGACAGCCCAUCAAGGAUGUGAACCGCCAGGUGAUUUCGAGGAAUGCUGCUCCUGAAAGGCUCUGGGCUCACUCCAGAGAACCCAUCCGACAGCCUUUCCUCCAGAAGUUGGUGGGCAACCCGGAGCUCAGCCAGAAAGCCUGCUUGGCCUUUACAGCCAUCCUGAAGUACAUGGGAGAUUAUCCCACCAGGCAGGUGCAGAAUCCUCUGGAGCUCACCGAUCAGAUCUUUAGUCCUGCUACAGAAAACGAGGCUCUCCGGGACGAAAUCUACUGUCAGAUAAUGAAGCAGAUGACCAGCAACAACAACCGGUCCAGCAUCGAUCAAGGCUGGCAGCUGCUGUGGCUUUGCUGUGGUCUGUUCCCCCCCAGCCAGGCUCUUCUCAAGCACACUCAGCGAUUUCUGGAAACCAGACGCAGAGAUGCGCUCGCCUCUGACUGCCUGCAGCGGCUGCAGAGCUCUCUGAGGAUGGAGCCCAGAAAACUCCCACCACACCACGUGGAAGUGGACGCCAUCCAGCAGAACAGCACCAAGAUCUUUCACAAAAUUCACUUUCCUAAUGACACAAUGGAGACACUUGAGGUGGCAACCGGCACCAAGGUCAGAGAUCUCAUCAAAAGCAUUUCUAAAAAGCUCAACCUGAUUUCAGCAGAUGGCUACAGCCUUUUUGUCAAAGCACAGGACAAGGUCAUCAGCUUGAACGAUACAGACUAUUUCUUUGACAGCCUCAGACAGAUCACUGACUGGUCCAAGAAAUCCAAGCAGAUGAAAGACGGCGGGCCGGUCAACAUACCCUACCUUGUGUUCUUCAUGAGGAAGCUGUGGUUUAAUGUGAUCCCUGGCAAAGAUACUCAGGCUGACCUGAUCUUUCAUUUCCCUCAGGAAGUACCAAAAUACCUGAGGGGCUACCACACUUGUUCCAAAGACGAAAUGGUCAACAUCGCAGCUCUGCUCUUCAGAGCAAAGUUCGGCAAAGACAACAGCCAGAUGGCCAUGCUUACAAAGAUGCUAAAGGAGCUGGUGCCCGCCGACCAGCUGAAGGCCAUCUCUGAGAAUGAGUGGAAGAAGAACAUUGCCACCUCCUAUAACAAACAAGGCAACAUGACUGCUGAUGAGGCUAAAGUGGGCUUCCUGAAGGCAGUUUCGCGCUGGCCGACGUUUGGCUGUGCUUUCUUCGAAGUGAAGCAAACGUCUGAACCCAGCUUCCCAGAUAUUGUGCGAAUAGCCAUCAGCAAGCUGGGACUCACAAUCAUCCACCCUAAAACUAAGGAGGUUCUUGCGACUCAUCCAUUCAAUCGCAUUGCAAGUUGGUGCAGCGGCAGCACCUAUUUUCACAUGACUAUUGGCAGUUUAGUCAAGGGCAACAAAUUCCUGUGUGAAACUUCACUGGGUUACAAGAUGGAUGAUCUUAUAACCUCCUAUGUCAAUGUGUAUUUGAGGGACAGAAGGCCUGCACAGCCCAGGAACCAGCGCUUCAACAUGUGAAGACAGGAUCUGCAGCAGCGUUAGGUCUCUGCUUCUGUCAGCUUUAUUAGUGAUGUGUGGAGAGAAACAAGUGAUUUUUUUUUUUUGCAUAUUACAAGCUGAUUAUUGAGUUUUUAUUUAAAACAUAUCAACAUGAGAUUUUAUAAUAAUUAAAAUAAUUAAAAUAAUUUUAUAAUAAUGGAUAAGUAACAGCAAAAACACUUUGAUUUGCAUAAUUUUUUUGUUUGAGCUCUUAAAGUCAAAGAAAUCUUUGUUGUGCCUUUUCAAAAAUGUGUCAAUCUAUUCAGAACCUGAACCUACUAAAGUUCACAGAGUCUAAGGCCGACCUCAGGGCUGAGAAGAUCCAACAUUAGCUCACAGCAUCACUUUUCUGUAUUGUUAUUUCUGAGGAGACUCCAGUUUCUUACAUUUUUUGUUUCACAAAAAUCACGGUUCCAGACUUUUGUGCUUUGUGGUUUUUAUGCACAGACAAGCGGAUCAGUUACUCCAGCACACAAAAAGGUCACUGUGCACGCAGGACAAGCUUCCCAGCAAAAUCGAUUUGCAGUGUCCCUAUUUAUGAAUUCAGCCCUUUCUUCUGAAAAAGUACGCUGCUGCACGGGCGACAUGCUCUUUAAAAGCACAAAUGGAUUAUAGUGUUAUAACAAAUACCGAGCAUUGACUGGUUUUCUUGAAGUAUGGCAUUAGAGAGACAGUUUUUCUUUAAACUUCUGCUUGUGAACCUAGCGGUAUUUGAAAAUGUGUGGUUAAGCGUCCUUUCAUUUGGGCUCUGUUGCCUGAUGACUGGAAUGACGUGAAGCCACCUGAUGGGAUGCCUCAGCCCGCGCUCCAUCCUGUCGCAGGUUUACAAAGACACCGCGGGGUGUCUCAAAACGAGUCCUAGAAACGCUGUGGUCCCAUGGGAAGAAAUUCAGUCAACCAGGUUUCUUUUUGUUCAAAACUGUCAAAUAAAAUGUUUUUUCCCACCUAAACAA